UCUUGGAUAACGAGAGAGAAGUCAAGUUGAACAGUUGUCCGUAUAGGUGUGAUUGUGGUCGUUCUUCUACCGGGAGUUCAGAACCUGAAAGACAGAGAGACGAUCAGUGGAGGACAGACAACAAACACUUCAACAGAACCUUGCUUCAGAGAAGAGAACUCAAGAGACUUUCUGUUACUUUUCCACUCCAGAGCCGUGACAUUGGACCAAGAGUGCUGACCAUGCAGGGCAUGCGUUUGUGUUUAGCCUUGGCUUUGCUGCUUCCCUGGUGCAUCCAGUGCCAGAGAAGAGGCUCUGCCAGUGCCGAUUUGGGCGAGGACACAGAGACGGACCUAGUGGCUGUUGACGUCCUAAACCACAGCGGUGUCCUGCGCACCCUGUUCCCCCCAGAGUACCAUCCAACCCUCCGGCAAGUCAGAGCUCCACGCCCGGCGUCCCAGAUCCCCAAGAGAGCCCAGCAGGGGUCCCGCUUUGCUCUGUCUCUCGAUGUCCCCACCAGCAUCCUCAGUGUCCUCAUAGACCUGGCCAAGAACCAAGACAUGAGAGCCAAGGCAGCAGCAAAUGCAGAAUUGAUGGCCCGCAUUGGCAAGAGAAAAUGAGGACAAAGGGGGGUAAAGACCAGGAAGGAUCAGUCUCCUUCCAUGGGGAAGGAUCCCGGACCAGGCUGUGGUAAAUGUGCUAGGAUGGCAGCAGGCUGGCUGUAAAAGGCAUAUCCGAAUCUUUACUGAGUCUUGAUUAACUUUAGAUCCUCAAUGUUUUAUAUUUUCUAUUGCAUAAUUAUCACCUCAUUCCAAAAACCUUCCACAGAUUGCCUCUUGGAAAUGGCAAAGAAUGAUGAAGAAUGAAAUGGCAAACCUUGACAAUUGUCACUGAGAAUGAAGCUGGUCUUUUGUCUCUGAUACAGUGAAUUAAAAUAAUCAAUAGCAAAUUAAUAUUAAAGAGACAUAUUUAAAGUAUAUGUAUUGUGUUUGUUGAGUGUAUUAAAUUGGAAGGUUCCAAAAUAAAAUA